ACAUUUGUUCCAGUUUCCUCAGUUUGACCAGAAUGCUUCGGAUUCUUUCUCAACAUCUUAUCGAUGUUUCUCAAUGUCCUUCUUUCCUGGGAAACUCCGACAAGGUGUUGAAAACGGUGGCAAAAUAAUCAUGCCUCCAUCUGCCCUCGAGGUUCUCACACGUUUGAAUGUCCAAUAUCCCAUGAUCUUCAAGCUCACCAAUGCGCAAGGGAAUCGUACCACUCAUUGUGGCGUUUUAGAAUUUGUCGCCGAUGAAGGAAACAUAUAUGUCCCCUAUUGGAUGCUGCGCAAUUUGCUUUUGGAAGAGGGUGGACGAGUUUCCGUCUGCAACGCAGCUCUUCGCACUGCCACGUUCGCCCGAUUUCAGCCGCAGAGCGUUGAUUUCUUGGAUAUAUCAAACCCACAGGCAGUGUUGGAGAAUCUUUUACGAGAAUUUGCCUGCCUAACCGUCGGAGAUAUGAUAGCGAUUCGCUAUAAUGAGCGCACCUACGAGCUGAAGGUUUUAGAAACGAAACCGGAAGAAGCCGUGACAAUCAUUGAGUGUGAUAUGAAUGUGGACUUCGCCCCUCCUGUCGGUUAUGAGGAAAACGUUCGCACACAGCAAGCUAAAAACAAAAAGCAGACAAGCAAGUCAGAAGAGAGCGAUCACAUUGUCAUUCCAAAUGUUGUCCAGGGAUUUCAAGCCUUCAGUGGAGCUGGAUAUCGUCUUGAUGGAAAGGGGAAAACGACCGCAAGUCCUGGGCGUGCUUCUACAGAUGCCACUUUGCCCAAACAUGAACGCGGUGUCCCCAACUACGCAUAUCAACCUGGUAGCCUUACCUUCUUUCGAAACACGAAGGCAUGCUCACAGCAGGCACAAGAACCGGUCUCUUUCAAACCGUUCGCGGGCGUUGGUCAUCAGUUGAAGCCCAAAAACAAACCUUAAAACACCCCAACUUCCCUAUCGUUUGAUUUUCUAAAGUUACCCACGUUUUGCUUCAAAUGAUACGACAGACUACCCAUAUUAUUCGCUGUUUUACAGAUAUGGAUAGCUGGGUCGUUUGGAUCCGUUCCAUACAUAGGUUUUGGUCAGCCGACUCACCUCUUCAGGUUGUGCGACCUACCCCCUAGCA